AUGCCUGAAACCUGGAGGACUUACACACCAUUAUAUCACUCUUGGUCAGCCAUUGACCAUGGCACUAGUCUAAAAGGUUCUCAAAGCCGUAGUCUCGACGUCGAUGCUACGUUCUCGUGGGCAAUAUUGAGAGAUCUAUUUGAUGAGCCACAAGCCAGCUCCAAUUCUAUCGCAAGCCGCGUCAUGCCAUAUUUCUCAAGAGAUACUCUCGUGAAUGACCUGCGUCCUCUGAGACUCAGAGCCAUCAUCCGGAAAGAAGUCUGGCAUUUGACCGAUAAGCCCGACAACUUCUACGCAGAAAUGCGGUCUCGCAAUCGGAGAAACAAUGGAGCUGAUGUUUACCUGCAGAGGAAUGAAACACGGCGAGGUGGCGCUCUUCAUCCGACCAUCCCAUUUGAGACACCGCAUGCCAUUACACCUGUUCGAAGAUGGCACCACAAGACACCAUGA